CUUAAGGUUUUUUCUCUUGCUGUCUUUGGACCAAUACCAAAAAAAGAAGAUAGAGUUGUCAAUGCAGCAUAUGAGAUGAUUUACGCAGACAGCCCAAACUGCUUUGAAAAUGAUGUUCUUAACAGUGUGUUCGACAAUUGUGUGAACUGGAUUGUAGAUCCAUGUCAGCAGUUUUCGAUUAAAUUACCCCUCGAAUGGUUACUUGUUCGACUUGCCGUGCGCUCAUCCAAAUUUCGAGAGCGGGUUUUAAACCUAGACUGGAUACUUGCGAGUAAACGAACCGGAAGUGUAUGUUCAUGGAUCAAUAUGGUCAUGCUGUUAUCACGUUCAGAAGGAAAUGAAGUACGAUUUUGUGACGACAUUUCGGAACGGAUUUUACCUUGGACGACAGCACAAAAUUUUGCCGUGCGAUGUACCGCUGUUGCUGCCAUUAGACUGUUGUAUAGUAUGAUCCCAAGUAGUGAAAUUACAAAGUGGAACCUACUGAAAGGAGUUAUUGAAUUCAACGGCGAAUCAUCUGGGAAUUCACAGCGAAUAAUUUGUGCUCUUAUGAAGGAUUUUUACUUCGGACAUCUGAAUCCACUGAAGCAUUUUGACUUGCAGACAGUUUUAUUGGAAUUACCGAAGAAGACGGGAAUGCCUCCAGAAGAAAUAAUUCUCAUCCCGCUUAUCAAAAUACUUAAUUCAUCGAGUAUCCCAAGUAUGAACCACGAUGAACACUUUUUAUCUGCUCCGUCCCAGGUUUAUUCAAGACUUUCAAAAAGCAAUAAAUGUGCACCAGAAAUCGCUUUAGAAGAUGACGGAAUGUCGGUGAAUAGUACUGGUACGUUAGAUAAGAUCACCCCGAAAGAUUAUGGCUUGAUAGUAGUGGCCUCUCUCGUUGAUAAACCAGCUAACCUUGGAGGAUUAUGUCGGACGUGCGAGAUUUUUGGGGUGGAUACAUUGGUAUUGGCUGACCACAUAUUCGUAUCGGAUCCAAAUUUUAAAGCGCUCAGUAUGUCUAGCGAGAAGAGGCAACACAUUGAAGCAAUACGUCCUGAGAACCUUUCGUCUUACCUGGAGAGUAUGCGGAAGAACGGCUACACCGUGAUAGCUGCGGAACAAACUACUGACAGUGUCUUCCUACAUAAAUUCCAAUUUCCUUUAAAGACUGUCCUACUUGUUGGUGACGAGAAGGAAGGUGUUCCCGUACAUCUUCUGAGAUCUGUUGAUAAGACUGUUGAAAUCAAACAACUCGGUCAGACUCGCAGCCUCAACGUCCAUGUGUCAGCAGCGCUUUUCGUUGCUAAAUAUGCUGAACAGGUGCUGUUCAGCUAA